GGAACAUCCAAUGGACUUGGGUCUAUAGAUGACAUCGAAACAGACUGCUCCAUGGAUCUAAGAUGUCUCACAGCCCCUACGACCACCUCCAUCCCUGGCUGUGAUAUCACUCUCCUUUCUGACGCUGAGGCCAAGAGCUCCACCACAACCCUUUUCCCUCCCACCACUGACAUGCUGGCCCCUCCCGAUGGGGCUGGACCUGAGAGCAUGGAGGACUUCUCUGACGGAGAUGUCUUUGGGCCAGAGCUGGACUCACUCCUGGAUUCGUUGUCUCUGGUACAAGGCACCAUUCCAGCUACUGUACCCAGUGAAAUGCCCCAGCGGAUCCCUGUAUUCCCGGGCGGGGCGCCCCUAUUGCCCCCUGUGGUGAGUGGCACCAUCCCUGUCUCCAAUCCACUGCCCCCUGCAUCCUUUGGCCUCGUCAUGGACCCCACCAAGAAGAUGGCCUCCUCUAUGCUAGAAGCCUUUGACUCCCCAGCUUCCUCACUGGACACCUUGGAUCCUCUGGACUUGCUUCCAUACACAGACGCCCACCUUGAAGCCCUGGACAGCUUUGGGCCUGUCCGGGGCUCCCUGGACACCCUUGAUUCAUUCACAGUAGAGGACACCUCCUCUCAGGAUCUACGACCACCAAGCAGCACCCAGAAGCCUGCCCCUGCACCGGCCAGCACAAGUCACUCCCCUCUGCCCAAGGUGACUGACCUGCUGCCCCAGCAAGAGUCCACCAUGCCUAAUACUGCCCUGCUUGUCAAGAACCCCCUGGCUUCUACCCACCUCUUCAAGCAGGCCUGCCACCUCUGCUAUCCCAAAACAGGUCCCAGGGCUGGUGACUACACCUACCGGGAGGACCUAGAGCACAAGUGUAAACGGGACAUCCUGCUGGGGAGGAUCCGAAGCUCCGAGGAUAAGACGUGGAAGCGGAUCCGGCCCCGGCCCACCAAGACCAGCUUCAUAGGCUCCUACUAUCUGUGCAAAGACAUGCUUAACAAGCAGGACUGUAAGUACGGGGAUAACUGCACCUUCGCCUACCAUCAGGAGGAGAUCGACGUGUGGACGGAGGAGAGGAAGGGGACCCUCAACAGAGAUCUCCUCUUUGACCCCCUCGGGGGAGUCAAGCGGGGCAGCCUCACCAUUGCCAAGCUUCUCAAAGAGCACCAGGGAAUCUUCACCUUCCUCUGUGAGAUUUGUUUCGACAGCAAACCCAGGAUCAUCAGCAAGGGGACUAAGGACUCUCCUGCUGUCUGCUCCAACCUGGCUGCCAAGCACAGCUUCCAUGACAACAAGUGUCUGGUCCACAUCGUGCGCUCCACUGCCCUGAAAUACUCCAAGAUCCGCCAGUUCCAAGAACACUUCCAGUUCGACGUGUGCCGCCACGAGGUACGCUACGGCUGUCUGCGAGAGGACAGCUGCCACUUUGCCCACAGCUUCAUCGAGCUCAAGGUUUGGCUGCUGCAGCAAUACUCAGGUAUGACCCACGAGGACAUCGUCCAGGAAUCCAAGAAGUGCUGGCAGCAGAUGGAGGCCCAUGCAGGCAAAGCUGCCAACAGCUUGGCCAGCUCUCGGAUCCCCCCACCCAGCACUUUUGACCUGCAGAUGAAGUUUGUGUGUGGCCAAUGCUGGAGGAACGGGCAGGUGGUGGAGCCUGACAAGGACCUGAAGUACUGCAGCGCCAAAGCCCGACACUGCUGGACCAAGGAGCGACGAGUCCUGCUGGUGAUGUCCAAAGUCAAGAGGAAGUGGGUGUCUGUCCGUCCGCUCCCAUCUAUCCGCAGCUUCCCUCAACAGUAUGAUCUAUGCAUCCAUGCCCAGAAUGGCCGGAAGUGUCAGUACGUGGGGAACUGUUCCUUCGCCCACAGCCCAGAGGAGAGAGACAUGUGGACUUUCAUGAAAGAGAAUAAGAUCCUAGACAUGCAGCAGACCUAUGACAUGUGGCUGAAGAAACACAACCCUGGGAAGCCUGGGGAAGGCACUCAAGUCACGUCUCGGGAAGGAGAGAAGCAGAUCCAGAUGCCCACUGACUAUGCGGACAUCAUGAUGGGAUUCCACUGCUGGCUUUGUGGCAAAAACAGCAACAGCAAGAAGCAGUGGCAGCAGCACAUCCAGUCGGAGAAGCACAAAGAGAAGGUCUUCACAUCAGAUAGCGACUCCAGCUGUUGGACCUUCCGCUUCCCCAUGGGCGAGUUCCGGCUGUGUGAAAGGUUCCAGAAAAAAAAGGCUUGCCCAGAUGGGGAGAAGUGUCGCUGUGCCCACGGGCAGGAGGAGCUGACUGAGUGGCUGGAUCGGCGGGAGGUGCUGAAGCAGAAGCUGGCCAAGGCUCGCAAGGACAUGCUGCUCUGCCCAAUGGAUGACGAUUUUGGCAAAUACAACUUCCUAUUGCAGGACAACGUAUAGGGGGGCCCAGGGACGGGAUUCUGGGGGUGGGACUUAGGGAGUGAGAAGAAAGACGGGAGGGUGAGAUGGGAUUUGAGUGGCCUCCCCCUUCCUAGAGCUGGCUCUUCUGGCCUCCUCAGCAGCCUCUUGGGUUCCUUUUUGUUAGCCAUCCCUACCGCAGGGGCCAAAGGGCAUGACUUCCUCCACUCUUUGACUCCUUGUAACUUUCGUGGCUUUCUUCCUUGUUCUCAAAUGAGUGUCAGAAAAGCCAGGCUGGGGAAAGCACAAGGGGUGGCGGAUUUGGGAAGUAGAUCUCUGGACAAACCUUUUCUCUCCCUGCAUCUGUAGGCACACCCACACACUCGGGGUCCCCCUUCAUUCCCCUCUGUGUGGGGCAGCAGUAUGCCCAUAUACAUUCACAUAAUCAGAAGAAGAAAGAUAAUAAUGAUAGCUCACAUUUCUAUAGUGUUUUCUCAGAAUGACCCUGGGAGGUAGAUAGCUCAAGUAUUAUCACCCCCGUCUGUAAGAUGGGGAAGCUGAGAUUCAGAGAGGACAAAGUGGCUUGACCACAGUUACAUGGCCAGUCAGUGUUUGGAGACAAGAGGGUGCACGUAUGCACGUGCACACACACACACACACAAACACACACACACACACACACACACACACACACACACCCCAGAUCGGUUAGACAUGUCCCAGGUUAUUAUUGUCAUUCUGUGGUAUUAGAUAGGUCUAUUGUCUCCCAGAGUAGGGUGGAAAAGGGCAGGCAGACACUGUCUAGUGGCUUCAACCCAAAGUUUUGUGUUUUGUUUCCAAAAACCUGUGGUCACUGGCAUCAGGGAUCCCCUUGUGUUGUCCUCUUGGGGGUUUGGCUCAAUUUGUUUUUCCCCAUUACUCUGGGCUCCUAAUCUCAGCCUUUCUCUCUGGGAUGCAGGAGAUGGGGACAGGGACACAUUCUUCCCCAAGGCACAGCUGGAGACCUCAAAGAGCACAGAUGCCCCGUUUAGCUUUAAACCCUAGACUUCCUUAAUGAGCCAUAUGAUGGAGCUCAGUAUUUCCUUAAAUGUCACUCCCCAGCUGCCAAAGGAGACCAGCUUCUCUGGUCUUUCCCUCAGUCCUUUGUCCUUUUGGCUGGAGACAUCCUUCACACCUUUCUUGUAGCUCUCUGUUUCCCUUCUGUGCCCUACCUGGGAUCCACACAGCUGUGGAACUUGUGGGUCUUCCAGCCCUGAUCUUAACCUGAUUCUCUUGUCCCCUUGUCUCUCUCCCUUCAGUAAUCCAAGAGACUAAUGGCAAAUGGAGUAUGGGGCAAGAGGGGUGGGCAAUGAUCCCAAUCCAGGACAUGUUGGGGGCCCCUCCAGGAACAGGACCAUCCCUAUUGAACCUGGAUUGUCUAUGCCCAGUAAUCCCUAUACUAGAUCCCAAAGAGCCCACCAGCACCCCUAGUUAUUAGCUAGACCUGGUUUAGGGAAGUGGGUGAGGAAGGAGUGAAGGGAUGGGAAACCAACUGAGGGCAGGCUCAUCCUCAGCAGCUCUUUCUUCCCAGUACAUCUCCUUCCUAACCAGGGCCAGCUUUGCCCAGAGAGUUCAAUGAUAUUUCGAUGGAUGUAGAAUGGGAAGACAGACUGGUGUGUGUGGGUGGGGAGGGGUUACUUAUACUAAUACCAAUGGAGCUGAAAGUCUGAAUAACUCUUAGGCAUGGGGACACAGCGCCUUCCAUUCCUGCCCUCAUCCACAACUCUGAUAUUGAUUAAGAAUAAGGACCCAGCUGAGCAUAAAUCAGGGGGCUGGGAUGCUAGGGAGCACUAUUCCUGCUACACCCCUGGGUCACUUCUGACAGAAAUAGCUCCAGUUUCUCUAGCCCUGUCAAAAUCUAUGAAGUGCUCCCAAUGAGGGAAGUAGAACAUUUCACAGAGGGGGAAACUGAGGCUUGGAGAGGAGGAGUCACUUUCACCUAAUCACACAGCUAGCAAACAUGAAAGCUGGAACUCAAACCUGGGACUUUCCGCUUUGGCCCCACAGGCAUCUCUGCUACCAUCCUCAGGACCAUGGACAGCAGCACCAGGACCUAGGGAGACUAUUGCUCCCCCAAAGCCCUGAGUUCUGAACCCAGCUCUGCCAAACUUGUUGUGGGACCUUAAGUAAGUCACUUCACUGCUCUGGGCCUCAGUUUCUCCAUCUGUAAACACGGGGAUCGGCCUAGAUGGCAUCUCAGGUCCCUUCCUGCUUUAAAUCUAUGAUUCUAUAGUCCUAAGUAAUUUCCCUUUUGGACUUCAGUUUCCUCAGAAAUAGAUGAUCUCUGAGGUCCCUUGCAGCUCUGUGUCUAUGAUCCUGUAGUCUGAAGCCCCUUCCCUUUUCUGGACUCCACUUUCCCCAUCUGUAAAAUGAAGGGGUUGAAUUAGGUAAGACCCUCACGUCCCUUUCAGCUCUAAAACUAUGACCCUUCUGGCCAAAGGGAACUGCCCCCCACCACACACACGGAAGUAGUGCACAAGGGUCACCUAAUUUGCACCUACUCCCCUAAUUUGAAAUGCCCUGGGUUCAGAAUGGAUAGGGAGAGCUUCACCUGACUGUUCUGGCCCCAUUCCCCACCUUAGCCCACCAGACCUUCCACUACUUCAACCUUUAGCUGACACCUCAAUAUAGCAUUUCUCUACGCCCACCUCCCUCCAGUCUUGUCCACCCCUGCCAGAUUCAGGCACUAGUCCCCAGACAUUCCAAAAAGCCCCACACCACUAAGGCUUUAAGGGAGAGGGGGAAGGGCAAACUUUCUCUUUCUGUCUCAGUCUGUGUGGAACCAUAUGGCUCAUAGGAGGCCCUUGUUCCUUAGGCCUCUUGGAAGGCAAUGUUAUUAGAAACUGGAGAGGGUAGGGUCUUCCCUCUACCACCCAUUCCUGGGACCCCUACCUUUUAUUCUAUGAUCAUGGCAUGCACCCUGCCCUGUCCCCCUCCUCCCCAGUGAAGCAGGAUGAUGGGUCCUGGGGAAGAGAGAAGAAUUAAAGAGUAUUUGAAUUGGGGGGACAAAAGCAGAAGUAGGGGCUCAUGGGGAGGGAUUGCUGUGAACAUAGAUACUUAUUUUCCCUGAUAUGAUAACCUGACAUGUGGUAUUACUGUCUCUUGUCACCAGCCUUGUUUCAGUGUGUAUAUAUGUUGGCCCUGUGAUGCAUAUAUACACAAGUAUUAAAUAUAUCACUCUAUAUAAUAUUAUAUAUGUGUGUGGUAUCCAAGGAAUUGCCUUGUAAGGAGGUUGAAGGAUACAGGGCUUGGCCAGGAAAUGCAGCAGGAUCCCUGGGUUUGAUUUGGCUUCCCUAGUUGGAAGCGGGGUGAAUGGGGACUGCUCCCCCUUCACCUCAGAUCAGCAAGGUGCCUGAUGGUAUAGGAAGGUAAGGUUGGAGGCCAUUGAACAAGCAAGAUCUGGAUGGUGAUGCCUGGCUUUGGCCAGUGUCUUCCUUCCCCACUCAACUUGAGGGAGGCAGAAAGAGAGGGCCAGGCCCAGUGAAGAAACUGUGCUCUUAGCCGAAGGGGCAGGGGCCAAUUUAACUGGGGCUGCCUAGCUUCUGAAACCUACAGGUCCAAUUCUGCCUGUCCCAUUCAGAGUAGUGAUGCUGUCCAUGGGGGCUGUGGGAAGAGGCCCUGAUUAGGAGGCAGAGGAUUUGAGUUUGAAUCCUGGCUCAACUAUUUAUUACAUGUGGCUAAUAACACAGUCUCCCUGGGCCAGUCUCCUUGUCUGUCAAAUGAAGGCAUUGGCCUAGAUGGCCUCAGAGAUGUCUCCCAGCUCUAGACCUAUGAUCAUGCAUGAGAAGAAAAAAAUUAAGACAAAGGAGGCCAUGUCCUCCUUGAGCCAGGGAGCCCUCUUCCCUGGGGUGGACACAGAUCCGAGAGAAAGAGAUUGGAGAAGAAAGGACUCCAAAGAGAGGGAAGUAAGUGGGUAAUUUGAAGGGUGAUGGAAAGGAUUGCAAUGGUCUUCAGUUUUAGAUGCUGAAAUCCAAGCUCAGGGUUGGGACCAAAACCACCAGGCUGCCCAUGGACAGGUGAGGGUGAGACCAAGGGGAGAUGCAUGUAUACAGACACCUGUGUGGAUAUAUGUCUAUAUACAUGCACACAUGUGUGUAGUCACACACUCUUCCCCCCGCCCCCACAUUGGGAUAAGCCUUCAUAGAUGGCGGGGGGUGGGGGGGGAGCCGGGGGAAAAUGUGUUGAAAAUGAAUGAAGAAGAGGGGGAAUGUUGCAUUUCACAGCCAGGUAAUGAUGGGGUUAAUAGUCCUUUACAAUGUCUGCGUAUUAAAAAUUUUAAGAAUACCACACUUUAAUAUUAAAUAUUCAUAAGGCCCUAGUAUCUGGAUAAUAUUGUAGAUGUUUUAAUAACAAUUUUUUGGUCCUUCUUAAAAAUAAAGCAGAAGAAACUUGCAUCUUUUAGCCUUUGUACUAGAAAAUAAAAGUGCACUUUAACCCUG